AUGCAUCGCUACAAAUACGCGCUGGUUUUUGCCACCCCGACAAACAAACGCCGUCGCACGGACGACCAGGAGGCACAAAUCCACAAGAACGAAGAGCUCUGGCUUCCAGACGGCAACAUCGUCAUCGUAGCGUCGGACGGCACCGCGUAUCGCGUACUGAAAAGCUUCCUUGGCCUUCACUCUGAGGUCUUCCGCGACCUUUUCUCUGCUGCAAACACCAGCUCAGACGAAAAGUUUGAUGAUUGCGAUGUCGUCCGUUUGCCGGAUCCUCCGAGAGACGUUUAUCAUCUUUUGAUGGCGCUGCAUUUUCGAAGUCAUGUCACGACGGAGCCAGGAGUGCAGAUGAGUUUUGUAAUGUUGUGUAGCCUUAUGCGAGCUUGCUCUAAGUACCUCGUCGAGGAUCUCAAGAAGGAGGUCAAAGCCCAUCUCAUGACCCUCUUUCCGUCGACUUUGAAAGGGUACAGGUCUUCGACACGUCUCGAGGGCGUGGCCUCCGACUUCAAUGGGAUUUUGGGUAUCGUGGUUGGAGAGGAGUGCCUGCCUGACAUCCUCCCCGUCGCGUACUACGAGUGCGCCAUUAGGCCUAUCGAAAACACCCUAGACGGAGUUGACAUCGGGGGACAGCGCGUUACCCUCUCACCCGAAGCCCAACGGACGGCAUUUCUCUUUCGUCAAAGAUUUCGCGACUUUGUCUCUUCAAGCGCAAACCUCGCCCAGAUGUUUAGUGAGGAACGCGCCCAGUGGGAUCGUACUAGAGAUGAGUGUCAAGAGGAAGGGCUCGACUGUGCCUUGGCACUCGAGGCUAGCUACUACCGGUCUCCUGAUUCUAAUGUAAUCAUGAACCUAGCCAUGGACGAUCAAGGCUUUACGCAAGGAUGGGAGCUAUGCGAGUCAUGUAAGACUAUGUUAGAGGAGAUUGAGAGAGAAUUUCAGGACGAUGUAUGGAGGAUGCUUCCGACGUGGUGCGGGUUAGAAGGUUGGCAUGCCUUGAAGGAUAAUAGUGGCACGCAGUAG